GCAUUGAAGAAGAAACUAAGUUGCUAUCGCGUGAACACCAAAAGAUGUCUGCGAGCAAAGUGUUUAUGAGAGCAAAGCCCUUUCUUGCUGUUCUUUUCUUGCAGUUCGGGCUAGCAGGAAUGGAUAUCCUUUCCAAAGCCGCUUUGAAUGAAGGGAUGAGCAAUUAUGUGUUUGUUGUUUAUCGUCAUGCUAUUGCCACCAUUGUAAUUGCUCCUUUUGCGAUCAUUCUGGACAAGAAAGUAAGACCAAAGAUGACCAAAGCAAUGUUUGGAAAGAUCAUGCUUCUUGGCUUACUAGAACCAGUUAUUGACCAGAAUCUUUACAUCAUGGGGAUGAAAAACACAACUGCAACAUUUGCAGCCGCUAUGUGUAACGUUUUACCUGCCAUAACAUUUGUCAUUGCUUGCAUCUUCGGGCUUGAGAAGGUUAAACUGAAAAGUAUGAGAAGCCAAGCAAAGGUAGGCGGCACACUGACUACUGUCGGGGGAGCCAUGCUCAUGACACUUGUCAAAGGGCCAGUCAUCGAUUUAAUAUGGACAAGAGGAAGAACUCAUCAACUCCAAGGAAGUGGCGGAGUAGAUCUUCAACAUUCAGUAAGAGGUUCGCUUAUGAUCACUGUUGGAUGCUUCAGUUGGGCUUGUUUCAUGGUUCUCCAGGCAAUCACGCUAGAGACGUAUCCUGCUGAGCUCUCUCUCACCGCUUGGAUAUGCCUGAUGGGCACGGUUGAGGGGGCUGCGGUGGCCUUUGUAAUGGAGAGGGGAAACGCCGCAGUUUGGGCCUUGAACUUGGACACUAAACUACUGGCAGCUGUCUACAGUGGCGUAUUUUGUUCUGGACUAGCUUAUUAUGUGCAAGGGAUAAUAAUGAAAGACAGAGGACCUGUUUUCGUGACAGCUUUUAAUCCGUUAAGCAUGAUCAUUGUCGCUGUCCUCGGAUCCUUCAUCUUAGGCGAACAAAUGUACCUGGGAAGGGUAAUUGGAGCCGUCGUGAUAGUUGCAGGACUUUACCUAGUGGUAUGGGGUAAGAGCAAAGAUUACAAGCCCGAGUCUCUGUCUAUAGACGACGGAAAAGCAGCAAAAUCUGAACAAAUUAUAGAAGCGAGUAACGAUGAUGAUGAGAAACAUCAAAAGGUUAUAACCAUAACUGAGUCUACUGAAGAGAAUGCAGAAGAUGAAGGAAGUAAGAAGACUGGGAAUCAGACAAGACGCUAGCUUAU